AUGGCUGGAAACCCUUCCUCAGCGGUGCUGACCUACAGUUCCAGCAUGUACCGAUCGCGACAGGACAGCAUCUCCAAGGAUAUGGCCCAGGUGGCAGCUUUUCCGGUGCACGACGGCAGCGACGAAAAGGUAGGCAAGACAACCCCGAGCGCGAGUGGCAUGAUCGCUUGUGCGAAACAUGGAAUAACCCCAGGUGGAGACGGCGAUGGAGUCUUGAUCCAUAUUAAUCAACGUUCGUUGCAGAUUCCCGUCACCCCCUUUGCCCUCCCGACCGGCCAUGAAACAUCCACCGAUUCAGAUCCGUCGCUUGCACGGCGGCCUACGCGCCAACCGUCGAAAUCAUCCUUCCUCGGCAACGUUCUUCGCAGGCGAAAAACAGUCGGCGAGCAGGAUGAAUCGCCGGCGCCUCAAAAACCUCUGCAAAUCGUUCCGGACUUUGAAUUAAAUCAUGAGGACCCCCGGUACCUGAAACCCAGAGCAGUUUCGAUGGCGAUCAGCCCGGCCGGCAGGACCAAGGCGACACAAAGCAUUUCACUCCCCUUCCACCCCGACCGGAGACCGUUCACCUUCAGCCAGGAUCAUGCGGCCGAGAGCAUGCGCGCCUCGUACAAACGGGAGAUCCAGACCAAAGAUGCCCGGAUCAAGCUCCUGGAGGGCCAUCUGGUGAAUCUGGCCACGGGGAUCACAGAGAUGGAUAGGGAUCGCAAACGACUGCAGUCGCAGGCGCGCAGCAGCGGCACUACCACGAAACCGAAAUCAGACAGCUCGUCGACGACGGUCAGAAAGACGUGGAUGGCCAAGUCGACGCCCCAGGUGCGCGAGGACCUGUCGAUGCUGGAACAGCGCAUGCGAUCGUGGGCCAUCAAGAAUAGUGUCACCGACAUCAGCGACCUAGAUCACUUGGACGGCGAGGAGAAGAACAUCAUCCUCGAGGAAUUGGACGGCUUCUGCGCCGAAACCGACUGGAACACGUUGAUCCGCGCAACGCCGAUCGUGCUGCAUCGCAUGCCAGCUCUGCUGGCCCAGGCAAUGCUGUCAAAAGAUGUGUUCGCGACGGCGUUUAUGAACCCGUUCUUCGCUUUCACCGAGGAUUCUACCGGUGGCUUACCGACGUCGCGCAUGCUUAAAGCAUUGUAUACGACCAUGCUGGAUCUCAAUCCCACAGAGGCCCACGUGUGGCGCUCGCAGACGCUGCGAGUCCUGUCAGCUCCUCCAUCCGCCCAGAACGAGGAGAGCAUGCUUGCUCAACGAGUACGCGAAGUGACGAGCGAACUGGCGGUGGAAUUCCUCAACGGGCCGGUACAGGCGCUUCUGCGCACUCCAAGAACUGAGGCCGAGCUGGUCAAACGAAACCAGGAGCUGUAUAGCCUGUACCAUAGUGCGGGAGCGCUGGCGCUCUCGCUCUGGACGCAGCGGGCGUUCAUGAAAUUCCACAACCUCCAUGGUCUCCAACGCUUCCGAACGGGCAAUCCCGCCAUGACGGCGCAUCCGCUGCAGCAUCUCAGCGAGGACGACGAGAGACUGGAUGGAAAAAGGGUGUUGCUGGUGGUGCAGCCCGCGGUGGUAGCGUACGGGGACGAGGAGGCGCAGAAUUACGAUAUGUGCAAGGUGUGGGCGAAGGGCGUGGUGCUGGUGGAUGAAAAUGAGGGAAAGGAGCGGCAGACCUGGUUUCAAUCGCCAGAUACGAUAUCAGAGGAGACAGCCCCUUCAUAG